GUGUUGGGGGACGAACCGAGAACGAGGAGGAGACACCUACCAUCGCUUCUGUUGAAGAAAGCGAAAGGUGGGGUCUUUUUCGUAGUAUAUAAAGAGGGGUGGAGAGGGCAGCUCCGCUCACCAAUCCAUCCUGACUCCGUUCGCUCCCUUCUCUUGAUCUCCACUCGUUAGGCUCUUUGUAGCUUGAAGGAAUCACCAUAAGAGAUGUCUCAACGCACCUUGACCCGUGCUCACAGUGUUCGGGAACGCAUUGGCGAUUCUCUUUCUUCCCAUCCAAACGAACUGGUGGCUCUGUUCUCGAGGUUUGUUCAUCAGGGAAAGGGUAUGCUGCAACCUCAUCAGUUGUUGGCUGAAUACGGAGCUGUGUUUUCUGAAGCAGAUAGGGAAAAGCUCAAGGAUGGGGCCUUUGAGGAUGUAAUACAAGCGGCGCAGGAAGCCAUAGUUAUUCCUCCAUGGGUUGCUUUAGCUAUUCGUCCGAGGCCUGGAGUCUGGGAAUAUGUCCGGGUCAAUAUCAGUGAGCUUGCCGUGGAAGAAUUGACUGUACCCGAGUACCUGCAAUUCAAGGAAGAACUUGCUGAUGGAAGUUCGCAAAAUAGUAACUUUGUGCUGGAGUUGGAUUUUGAGCCCUUCAAUGCUUCCUUUCCUCGUCCCUCACUAUCGAAAUCCAUUGGAAAUGGGGUGCAGUUUCUGAACCGUCAUCUUUCUUCGAAGUUGUUCCAAGACAAAGAAAGCUUGUACCCCUUGCUUAAUUUCCUCAGGAAGCAUAACUACAAGGGCAUGUCUAUGAUGCUGAAUGAUAGAAUACAAAGCCUCAGUGCCCUCCGAGCUGCACUAAGGAAGGCAGAGCAACAUUUAUUGAGUAUCCCAUCGAAAACGCCAUACUCAGAAUUCAACCACAGAUUUCAAGAACUUGGCUUGGAAAAGGGUUGGGGCGACACAGCUCGGCGUGUAUAUGAGAACAUCCAUCUACUGCUAGAUCUUCUUGAGGCCCCUGACCCAACCACCUUGGAAAAUUUCCUUGGAAUAAUUCCUAUGAUGUUCAACGUCGUGAUCCUUUCUCCGCAUGGCUACUUUGCCCAGGCUAAUGUCUUGGGUUAUCCGGACACCGGUGGUCAGGUUGUUUACAUCUUGGAUCAAGUCCGUGCUCUAGAAAACGAGAUGCUUUUGAGGAUCAAGCGUCAAGGGCUACAUAUCACACCUCGAAUUCUUAUUGUUACCAGAUUGCUUCCUGAUGCAGUAGGCACUACUUGCGGGCAGAGACUUGAGAAGGUCCUUGGAACUGAGCACACUCAUAUUCUUCGAGUUCCAUUUAGAACGGAGAACGGAAUUGUCCGCAAAUGGAUCUCCCGUUUUGAAGUAUGGCCUUACCUCGAGACCUAUACAGAGGAUGUUGCGAAUGAGUUGGCAGCUGAACUGCAGGCCACUCCUGAUCUAAUCAUCGGAAACUACAGUGAUGGGAAUCUCGUAUCAACUUUGUUAGCGCAUAAAUUGGGAGUAACCCAGUGCACCAUUGCGCAUGCGCUGGAGAAAACAAAGUAUCCUAACUCAGACAUCUACUGGAAGAAGUUCGAGAAUCAGUAUCAUUUCUCAUGCCAAUUCACAGCUGACUUGAUUGCGAUGAAUCAUGCUGAUUUUAUCAUCACCAGCACCUUCCAGGAGAUUGCUGGAAGCAAGGACACCGUGGGGCAGUAUGAGUCUCACACUGCCUUUACUCUUCCUGGACUCUACCGGGUUGUUCAUGGAAUUGAUGUCUUCGACCCGAAGUUCAACAUUGUCUCUCCUGGGGCUGAUAUGACUAUUUACUUCCCAUACACCGAGAAGCAAAAGAGACUCACUUCGCUGCACCCAGAGAUCGAGGAGCUGCUAUUCAAUCCUAAAGAUAACACCGAGCACAAGGGUGUGCUGAAUGACACUAAGAAACCCAUCAUAUUCUCCAUGGCAAGACUGGACCGUGUGAAGAACUUAACAGGCCUGGUCGAGUUUUAUGGCAAGAAUGAUCGCUUGAAGGAGCUGGUGAACCUUGUGGUGGUUGGCGGCGACCACGGGAAAGAAUCAAAGGAUCGUGAAGAACAAGCAGAGUUUAAGAAGAUGUACAGUCUCAUUGAAAAGUACAAUUUGCAUGGGCAUAUUCGUUGGAUCUCUGCCCAAAUGAACCGGGUUCGCAAUGGCGAGCUCUACAGAUACAUUGCCGACUCAAGAGGAGCUUUCGUUCAACCGGCCUUCUACGAAGCCUUUGGACUCACUGUUAUCGAGUCCAUGACGUGUGGCCUGCCAACAUUCGCAACUGUUCACGGAGGACCCGGUGAAAUUAUCGUAGAUGGGGUUUCCGGCUUCCACAUCGAUCCUUACCAGGGUGACAAAGCUGCUAAUAUCAUCUUAAAUUUCUUUGGGAAGUGCAAGGAAGACCCAACCUACUGGGACAAGAUUUCCCAAGGAGGGCUGCGGAGGAUCGAAGAGAAGUAUACCUGGAAGCUCUACUCUGAGAGGCUGAUGACACUGUCGGGAGUUUAUGGCUUCUGGAAGUAUGUGUCCAACCUGGAUAGGCGCGAGACUCGCCGUUACCUUGAGAUGUUCUAUGCCCUCAAAUAUCGCAAUUUGGCCGAGUCUGUACCCCUGGCAGCUGAUGGAGAAGCUGCAUUUAAUGGCGCUAAGUAGUUCCAAGCGAGAAGCAUCACCGGCAAGUCUAUCUGUUUGUUCACAUGUCCGAGAUCUAGAAGGAGGCUUCCUUCAUGAGUUUUUGUCUUAAUUAAGCCGAGAGCUACUCGUCGACAAAACUAAAAAGAGAAAAAUAAAUCGUCUUUGAUGUUUACAGACUGUCUGUGUAAGGCUGAAAUGCCAUAUUAUGCUGCAAUAAAAUUAGCUCCCUUUCGAUCGCAAA